GUGUUAUUUGUUUGGAUUCAGAAAGCCAAAUUCAACACUUCAAUUUUGUUCGUUUCUCUUUAUUCAGAAAGAUAAGUUAAAAUUUAGGGUUUUGCAUUUUGUUAUCGUCUCUCUCAAUUCAGCAACGGUGGCUUUUUUUCCACGUGCCUUUGUUUUCUAAUUAUACCUGAUUUUCGUUAUAUUUAAGAGUCCAUUUUUUUUUUUCAUCUUCUCCUAUUUAGAUAGAUUCUCUUUGGGAUUCAGUGGGUUCAAUAGAGGAUUUUUCAUUGAAAAAUGUGAAUGAUUGAGUUAUUGCAAAAAUACUGAUGAGGAAGGUUGGGAAAUAUGAGGUGGGGCGCACCAUUGGUGAGGGGACUUUUGCAAAGGUGAAGUUUGCUCAGAACACAGAGACAGGGGAGAACGUAGCCAUGAAAGUUAUGGCUAAAUCCACCAUUCUCAGGCACAAGAUGGUGGAUCAGAUUAAGAGAGAAAUAUCCAUAAUGAAGCUUGUUAGGCAUCCAAACAUAAUCAGGCUGCGUGAGGUUCUUGCCAGCCGAACAAAGAUAUAUAUUAUUUUGGAGUUCAUCACUGGAGGGGAACUGUUUGAUAAAAUAGUUGAUCAAUGUAAGCUUAGUGAAAGGGAGUCUCGGCGUUAUUUUCAACAGCUUAUUGAUGCGGUCGAUUACUGCCACAGUAAAGGAGUCUUCCACAGAGAUUUGAAGCCCGAAAAUCUUCUUCUUGAUGCUCAAGGAAAUUUGAAGAUUUCUGAUUUUGGCCUUAGUGCAUUACCUCAGCAAGGGGUUGACCUCCUUCACACAACCUGUGGUACGCCAAAUUAUGUUGCUCCUGAGGUACUCAGCCACAAUGGUUACAAUGGUGCUGCUGCAGAUGUUUGGUCUUGUGGGGUCAUCCUUUAUGUUUUAAUGGCGGGAUAUCGUCCAUUUGAUGAGACUGAUCUUGCAAACUUGUAUAGAAAGAUCAAUGUUGCAGAUUUUUCUUGUCCAUCUUGGUUCUCUGCUGGAGCUAGGUCCUUGAUACAUAGAAUUUUGGAUCCAGAUCCUGAAAGUCGGAUAACUAUUCAAGCAAUCAGAAAUGAUCCAUGGUUCAGGAAAAAUUAUGUUCCAGUUAGGCAUGGCGGCGAAUAUGAGGAUGUUAAUUUGGAUGAUGUGCAUGCUGUUUUCAAUGAUAUCGAGGAUCAAUACGUUAGUGAACAGAAGGAAGAUAAUGACAUGGGCCCAUUGAUUAUGAAUGCUUUUGAGAUGAUUACUCUCUCUCAAGGAUUGAACCUUUCAGCCCUAUUUGAUAGGCGACAGGAUUAUGUUAAACGACAAACACGGUUCGUUUCUCGAAAACCUGCAAAAGUAAUCAUAUCAACUAUGGAAGCUGUUGCGGAAUAUAUGGGUCUUAAAGUCCACUCUCGUAAUUACAAGAUGAGACUUGAAGGAAUAUCUGCAAAUAACACUGGACAGUUUGCAGUUGCACUUGAGGUUUUUGAAGUGGCACCCUCCCUCUUCAUGGUGGAUGUUCGAAAGGCUGCUGGUGACACUCUUGAGUAUCAUAAGUUCUAUAAGAACUUCUGUAGCAAGAUUGAGCACAUCAUAUGGAAGCCAUCGGACUCAACAACAAAAUCUGGUUCUCUUAGAACAAGUUGCUGAUUUGUUUUGUGAUGCAAAACUAUACAUUACUGUAGGGGGACGGAGAGGGUUUGGUUGGUUGAGAUUGUAUGGAAUAUAUAAUCAAUCUAUUGAUCAUAUUUAUGUAUAGCAUUUUCUCAAGCUUGUGAUUGCAUUUCCUUUUGUAUUUAAAGCUCGAGGUAAGGUGUACAGGCCCCAGCCUAGAAAUAAUACAUUGUUGUAAGUGUUGUAUUUUAUAGGGUUCUUGUGUCUUUUUUUUUA